UACCCAUCACCGCAUAUCCCUUCUCCAUCAGUUCACUUCAUCUUACAAUUUUACAUCCCUCUCUUCUUUAUAGCACUAUUUUCUUCAGUCUCUCUUAUCUACUUACAUAAAACACAAAUGGCCUCUCCUGUACACUUUUCAAGUGUUCUAUUCACCAUUUUUCUCACAAUUUCCCUCCUCCAUUUGACCUCAGCCAGGAUACUCACUGAAUCCGAAACCCAACUACUGAAAUUCCAAUACCACAAAGGCCCUCUCCUCACCGGCAAAAUCUCAGUGAACCUCAUCUGGUACGGCAAAUUCAACCCAUCCCAACGCGCCAUCAUUGCAGAUUUCAUCACCUCCCUCUCCUCAUCCCCCAAAUCCACAACAUCACAACCCUCUGUCGCCAAAUGGUGGAAAACCACCGAGAAAUACUACCACAACAAAUCACCCAAGCUCUCACUCUCUCUAGGAACCCAGAUCCUUGAAGAGAAAUACUCUCUUGGAAAAUCACUCACCACCAACCAAAUCAUCAAACUCGCAUCAAAAGGUCCCCAGAGAAACGCCAUCAACGUGGUUCUCACCUCCGCUGAUGUGGUAGUGGAAGGUUUCUGCUCCAGCAGGUGCGGGACCCACGGUUCCUCUAAUGGCGCACGCGUGAACGGAAAGAGAUCAUCCAAGUUUGCAUACAUUUGGGUUGGUAACUCUGAGACUCAGUGCCCUGGUCAGUGCGCGUGGCCAUUUCACCAACCCAUUUACGGUCCACAGAACAAGCCUCUUGUUGCGCCUAACAACGAUGUCGCUUUAGACGGAAUGGUGAUCAAUGUGGCGAGUCUGUUAGCUGGGACCGCCACGAACCCUUUCGGGAAUGGCUACUUUCAGGGACCUAAAGAGGCGCCUUUGGAGGCUGCGUCGGCUUGCACCGGCGUGUAUGGGAAAGGAGCUUACCCUGGCUACGCCGGGAACCUCUUGGUGGACCCCACAACUGGUGCUAGCUACAAUGCUAAUGGCAUCAGUGGACGAAAAUAUUUACUGCCUGCGUUAGUUGAUCCUAAAACCUCAGCUUGUUCCACACUUGUCUAAUGCUAACAAAUCAAGAUUUAUAAACUCUUGACUUUGUUUAUUUGUAGUAUAAUGGGAUUCUUUAAUUUGUUCAUUCUUAUUUUAUUGUAAUCUGAAUAAGAUUAUAAAAAUAUAAUAUUAAAUUGAGGUGAUUCUAUAUUC